AUGCUAUCGGUACAUUCUCUAGUUAAGCCACCAAAAUCUGGAAAUUGCACGAUAUUUGAAGAAGAUCAAAAAGUAAUAACAAUAUCAGAUUUUAAAGAAAUUUUAAAUGAUCCAUUAAAUUCAUCAAUUAGAGAAAACAAAAUCAAUAUACUAAAAAACAAGAUUAAUAAUAUUAUAGAAGAAGGUAAUUUUGAGUUAGAAGACAUUAUCUCACCAGAGGAAACCAGCUCAUCUCAUUCAUCAGUUUUUGAUUGUACAGUUUAUUUUUUGGCUGGAUACAUAGCAAAAAAACUUACGAAAAAAACAAAAUGUGAUUCCUGUUUACAUGGCUUGAAAAAUUUUAAUGAAAAUACAUCAACCGAAGCUGAACUGAAACAAAAUAAGACAAAAAAGAAGCUGUCUAAAUUAGUAACAAGUUAA